UGGGGUGCGGCUGUCGCGGUACUCCCCCACCCCCCGACCGUCGUCAUCCAAGGCGGCAAGACCGACGCCUCUGGCGAACAUUCGUACUCUUCAGCCCCCAACAGCGGCGACACCAUCAUCCUCCCCCUUUCGAAGACCUUCCCCGCCUCUUCUCCCCCAUACCAACUCCUCACUCCCGGUCCCACUUACGCAUGGCACUGCCUCGCCCCUCUCUUUAGCAAGGACGGGGCAUGGACGCUCCUCUCCUUUGGUGGCCACGGCGGAUGGUCUUCGCCCGCCAACGACGCCCGCUCCGCCUGGCUCCUUACUCCGAAUCCCUCCACUGGCACAGCGAACUACACUCAGCCCGAGGAGGGAUGGGGCGGACAGCCCACCCGCCGUGUGAGGCACGCCUGCGCCGCUCCAGUCACUGGUGGCAAGGUAUUCAUCACAGGUGGACAGGAGCCCGACUUCAGAGAGACGUUUGCGCACACUUUUGUCUUCGACCCUGCGAGCAUGAGAUUUACAGGUCUCGCCCCGCUUCCAGUGGCCAUGUACGGCCACUCGUCCGUCCUUCUGGCCAAUGGGACUCUGUUGGUCAUCGGCGGCAUGACGUCUCGCGCCGGUGCCACCGCUUUGCAGCCUCUCGACAUCGUAUACGCCCUCGACACGACCACCAGAGCCCCCGCCUGGACGAGC